AUCCUUUCAAUAGCCCUAAUUGCACUCGGAGCUUUUAUUCUAAUCAAAUUCGAAAAAUUUGAUACUGUCGGUUACACACUGGUCGGCAUGAGUUCGGCCGUGUUGUUGUUCAUCAUAAUUGGCAUCGUGGGUGCUGCUCGCGAAAGGAGUACCAUUUUGAAAAUUUUUGCUUUGAUUGUCAUUAUUUUGGCCAUUACGCAUGUUAUCAUCCUCGGCUUCUUUUGGAUAUUCCAAACAUCGUUUUUGAUUAACGCAGACAAGGCAUUCGAUGAAAUUUGGCGCGACCAACCAACGCCGAUUAAACCUGAAAAUGGCAGUCAUAUUGCCAACAUUGAACGUUGGUUGAGCUGUUGUGGAAACACUGGUUCCGUCGAUUAUCAUUUACCACCCCACAGCUGCUAUGAUUCGAAAACAGACAAAUUGAAUAUGGAAGGUUGCCGUCAAAAAUUUGUGAAUUUCGUUUCGGAAAGUUGGACAUAUUUGAAUAUUUUCGUUCUCGUUUAUGUUGUCAUUGAGCUAAUUUGUGCCACAUUUGCAUUUGUUAUGGCCAACAGCAUUGUGAAUCGUUGGCGUCGUUCGAAAUACUACUCCAAGUAAAUGUUGGAAAACUGUGACGCACAUCAUCAUCAACAAC